GGGGGACUACAUCAUGCAAAGACCAUUUUCCAAAUAAGGUCCCAUUCACAAGUACUGAUACAGAGGUUAAGACUUGAACCUACAUUUUGGGGGUCACCAUCCAGCCCACUACACAACCUGUCCCCAAAAUAAAUUAUGGCGGCUCCCGGUCCCGUGUCCUUUGUCUUACACGAGGGAGAGAUGUCCUCAUAGGAUGCCCUGUUCCUGGUGCGGUGCUGGGCCCCACUACAGACUUGGAUCCAAGGACCCGCUGGCCCCAGCCAGGUCCUGUGUCCUGCUUUUACUUCCUUUGGUGGGAACAUGAAUCCCUGUGCUCCUGCGAAAGCAAUCACCCCGGCCGCCGCGGAGCCAGCCGGCCCAGGGCCUUCACCCCAUGGAGCUAUUUUCCAAAGACACCGCAUCUGUUUUAAGCUUGUCUCCUUGGGAACCUCUGACUCUCCCGAGCCCGUGGGCUGGGAGGCACAUGCCUUUCAUUUGGUGGCAGGAAGUAUCUGACUCCCAGCCAGAGUCAAAAAAGGAAAUUUCUCCACUGAGAGCUGGAGGGAGCACAGGCUGAGGCAGGAGCACCAGGCAGGCGGCAGCAUCCUACACGUUGGUGGCAACUCCCGCUGCUCUUCUCAGAAUGGGCUGCCCAGGAGGGACUGCCCUGUCUUUCCUUCUUGUUUUUGUGCCUGUCUACCUGCAUGGAGCUUGGUCGCAGGAAGCCGGCCCUGCAGGGCAAAGAAAACCGUUUUUCGAGAGGCUCCGCAGGCUGGAGGAACAGUUCCGGAGGUUCCAGGAGGUGACCUUAACACACCUGCAGGCCGUCGCCAGGAACUACAACCUGUCCUACAGCAUCGACGCCCGGUUCCAGAGCUUGGCCCAGGAGAGCCAGGCCUUGGCUCUGGCCGUCAACCAGUCGCAGGCCACUGUGCAGGGCGACCUGGGCCACCUCAAGACCUGGAUUCGAAAGACACAACGCAGAAGCCGGAAGGUGGACUCCAGGCUGCUGGCCUUGGGUGCCGCCCUGCGGGAGAGGACCCAGCAGCUCACUCGGGAGAGGAAGGAGCAGGCGGCGCAGAGGGAGGCACUGUCCAGCCUGGCCCUGGACAUGCGAGCCCUGCAGGACACGCUGGCUCACCUCACCGGCGUUGUCCAGAGCCAGGGUGCCAGGCUGGAUGCUCUCAAGGAGUGGCUCCCAGUGGCUUGCCCUGGCACCACGGACCCUGCCCGGCCUGGGCUGCCAAGCCAAAGCUCCCUGGAGCUGCAGGGGAUCAGGCAGGUGCUCAGACCUUCCCCGGAGCCCCUGGGCCCACCUCGGGAUUUCGCUGGUCGUCUCCAGGGGACACGGGAGCCGCCAGGCCCAGGCGGCCAGCGGGCAUGGCGCCCUGAGAGCCUGGGAGAGAUCUGCAACGUGGGCCCUGCACUCGUCUUUCCAAACACCUCCACGGAGAACGUGGUCUUCCUGAGCCCCGGCUUCCUCUCAGGCCUGCGGGCCCUGUCUGUGUGCAGCUGGGUCCGAACAGCCUCGGGCCACCUGGGCACCCUCCUCUCCUACGCCACCGCCGAGAACGACAACAAGCUGGUGCUGCACGGCCGGGACUCGCUGGCCCCCGGCUCCAUCCACUUUGUGAUCGGAGACCCGGCCUUCAGGGAGCUGCCUCUGCAGCCGCUGCUGGACGGCCAGUGGCACCACGUGUGCGUCAUCUGGACUUCCCUCCUGGGCAGGUACUGGCUCCACGUGGACCGCAGGCUGGUGGCCACCGGCUCCCGCUUCAGGGAGGGCUAUGAGAUCCCCCCCGGAGGGUCCCUGGUGCUGGGCCAGGAGCAAGACAUUGUAGGGGGUGGGUUUGAUGGCUCAGAGGCUUUCGUGGGGAGCAUGGCUGGCCUGGCCAUAUGGGACCGGGUGCUGGUCCCCGGGGAAGUCUCACACCUAGCCACGGGGAAGGAAGUCCCGCCGGGCGCCAUCCUCACACUGGCCAAUGCCGCCUCGAUAGGCGGGUUUGUGCGGAGGGUGAACUGCACCUGCCUGGAGCUCUGCCCAUGAGGUGUCAGCCCCCCCCCCCCCCCCCCCGGGAGCUGUGGUCAUGCUCCGGGCUGGCAAGAGGAGCAAGUCUCCAGCUGUGCUCAGCCCUCCCUGACCCCAGCACACUCCACAGAGGGUCCCCACCCAGCCUGGGGAGCCAGGGGCAGGAUGCUGCCCCUGGGCCAGGCACACCUGGUAUCUAACGUAGAAUGUGGGCAUUCCAUGGGGCGGGGG